CCGUCUCUGUUUGGAAGAGAAAGCGUCCACCCGUCUAGCACUGUGGGAGGCAGUGAUUAUUCUCAGCAUAACUGUUCACCCAGACACUGAAGAAUACAGAAAAAUGAGAUGCUCCAGUGGACUGUUCGUUAUAGUCUGUUCACUGACAUUUGGCCUGAGUCUCGCACUUCGAUGUCAUAAAUGUUCGGAUUAUCAUGGUGGACUGUGUGAAAAUGUUCAGGAGUGUUCGUACGAGGACUCCUGCUUAUCUCUGUAUGAGAAAGGGGGAAAGACCAUUCGCCGAUGCAUUCGUUACACAGACUGCGACAACUCACGUCUGUCCCAGAUGUUCCCCUCUGUGUCUGGAUUUACCUACAGGUGCUGCAGCACUAACUUAUGCAACAGCAGCGUUAUGACCGCAGUGAGCAAACCAUUCCUCCCAUUGCUGGGUUCACUCGUUGGGCUCUGGUGGUGUUGGUGGUGUACAUUAUGAGACAGGAAAAUUAGAAUCUGUUGCUCAGCUUUUUUUUUUAGGGAAAUACCGCAAACUGGGACACAGAAAAAUACAUUUUUAUCAUAGUCUGUCAUGAAUAUGUAAUGUUUUCUGUCAGUUUUUGAAAUCAUUGUCUUUUUAUACUAUACUAAAUUUUGUAAACGGUAAUCCAGUAGCUUGUAUUCCCAAGGCUUUUUGUGUACUUUUAUUCAUUUAUGUCUGCUGAGUACUAAUAUCAGUUGUCAACUGAA